AUGGUGAACAUCCCCAAGACCAAGAAGGCCUUCUGCAAGGGGUGCAAGAAGCACAUGACCAUGAAGGUCACGCAGUACAAGACUGGCAAGGCCAGCCUGUACGCGCAGGGCAAGCGGCGCUACGACCGCAAGCAGGCCGGCUUUGGUGGCCAGACCAAGCCCGUGUUCCACAAGAAGAGCAGCGGCGCCUGGACGCGGCUGGCGACGUGGGAGGGCGCAGGACCUAGUGGCCGUGCGCCGCGGCUGGGUGUGGGCGGCGGCGCGAGCCCCUGGCUGAUGACAGCAGUGGUGCCCGGGGGUGCUGGCGUGUGUCUGGCCAAGACCACCAAGAAGAUCGUGCUGAGGCUGCAGUGCGCCGAGUGCAAGGGCACCAGCAUGAAGCCCAUCAAGCACUUCGAGAUCGGCGGUGACAAGAAGACCAAGGGCGCGUACUAG